CCUUGGCACAGGAAACCCAAGGACCAAGCUAGGGAGGCAGAUAGAUUGUCUCCCUUCUUCCCACCUGCACCAUCCUACCCUGAUCCUAUCUCAAUCCUAUCAAUGGGGAGGUCUCCUUGCUGCGAUGAGAAUGGCCUCAAGAAGGGCCCUUGGACCGCUGAAGAAGACCAGAAGCUCACAGACUACAUCGACAAGCAUGGCCAUGGGAGCUGGAGAGCACUGCCUAAGCUUGCAGGACUCAACAGGUGUGGCAAGAGCUGCAGGCUGAGAUGGACUAACUACCUGAGGCCAGACAUCAAGAGAGGAAAGUUCACCCCAGAGGAAGAGCAGACCAUCCUCCAGCUCCACUCCGUCCUUGGCAACAAGUGGUCAGCCAUCGCUAAGCACCUCCCAGGAAGGACCGACAACGAGAUCAAGAACUUCUGGAACACCCACCUGAAGAAGAAGCUGAUCCAGAUGGGCUUCGACCCGAUGACGCAUCGACCAAGAACGGACUUCUUCGCUGCCCUGCCACAGCUCAUCGCACUAGCCAACCUCCGCCAGCUCGUGGAGCAGCGGCCAUGGGAUGAACACACACCCAACCAGCUGCAAACCGAGGCAGUCCAGGCAGCAAAGCUAGAGUACUUGCAGUGCCUGCUUCAGUCCGCAGCGGCCAUUGCCGCUAGCCCCAGCUCCAGCAGUAUCAACACCAUCCCCGGUGACCUGGAGCAGAUUAGCCUCCUGAGUCCUCCUCAGAUAUCUUCACUGUCUUCGCUGUCGUCUCCAAGGAUCCUGGAGGGUAUCAAUUGCCAAGACUUGGUAACUGGACAACUGCCUGACAUCCAGAUGCCUAGUAGCUCCUUUUUCGAACAGCCUAUCAUUAACGGUACCAACCAGAACUCAGAUUACACUGCAAACAGUGGCCAGGGGGAGAAUGGCACCCCGAAAUCGCUGCUCAUGUCGGAGAACUCCCUUCCACCACUUGCCGACUUCCCCAUUUCCAACCUCGGCGAUGCAUGCAGCACCUCAAUCUGUGAUGCUGAUGGCAACAGCACUCAACUCCCUAUUUGGUCCGACUCAUUUUAUGAUCAGUUCAUGAGCGAGUUUGCAUGAUUUUUGACUGCAAGUGUGUGUUACUCUUCGGUUUGAUUUUCCAGUUUUAGUUUCCCACAUCUUGCCUCCUAUUUGUGAUGUGGUUUCCAUUUUAGUGAUAUAGUUCCAGUUGGAUUAUUUUUAGCGCUAUAGCUUCUCCUAUGCAUUGGCAAUUCAUAUGCUCCUAUGCCGAUACAGUAUACACAAAAAGACUUGUACAUAAUCAUCAGCUCCUAUCUACAAUUCCCUUCUGGAAUUUUAUGCGUGUUAUUUUUCUUGCAA